AUCGCUAUACCGGAAGUGCGUCUGGGAUAUCCCUUCCCUUCCGCUGCUGUUGAGAGUCGCGUGUCCUCGGGUGUAGCUUUGCAUUUAAUUUCUUGAUAAUUGAGCGUUCACGGAAUUAAACACUAUGUCCUACCCGACCGAGGAAGGCGACGGAGAUUACGAGGUGUACCCAUAUUCCAGCGACUACGAUUUGCAUACAGGUGACCCAAAAGCAGACCUUGCCUAUGAACGUCAAUAUGAGCAGCAGACUUACCACGUCAUUCCAGAGGUCAUCAAGAACUUCCUGCAGUACUUCCACAAGACCAUCUCUGACCUGAUUGAUCAGAAGGUGUAUGAACUGCAAGCCAAUCGAGUGUCCAGUGAGAGUAUUGAGCAGAAGAUAUAUGAGAUCCAGGAUGUCUAUGAGAACAGCUGGAACAAGCUGACGGAUCGUUUCUUCAAGACGUCACCCUGGCCGGAGGCAGAAGCAAUAGCUUCUCUGGUGGGCAAUGAUGCUGUGUUUUUAAUCCUGUACAAGGAGCUAUAUUACAGACACAUCUAUGCCAAAGUCAGCGGUGGACCAACCCUUGACCAGAGGUUUGAGUCAUACUACAAUUAUUGUAACCUCUUCAACUACAUUUUGAAUGCAGAUGGCCCUGCCCCAUUGGAGCUCCCCAAUCAGUGGCUAUGGGACAUAAUCGACGAGUUCAUCUAUCAGUUCCAAUCCUUCAGUCAGUAUCGUUGUAAGACGGCAAAGAAGUCGGAGGAGGAGAUCGAGUUUCUGAGGAACAACCCGAAGAUCUGGAAUGUCCACAGUGUCCUAAAUGUGCUCCAUUCGCUUGUGGACAAGAGCAACAUCAACCGUCAACUAGAAGUGUACACCAGCGGCGGGGAUCCAGAGAGUGUGGCCGGCGAGUAUGGCCGGCAUUCACUGUACAAGAUGUUGGGCUACUUCAGCCUGGUGGGUCUGCUGCGCCUGCACUCACUCCUGGGGGACUAUUACCAGGCCAUUAAGGUGCUGGAGAACAUUGAGCUGAACAAGAAGAGUAUGUACUCUCGUGUGCCUGAGUGUCAGAUCACCACCUACUACUAUGUUGGCUUUGCCUACCUGAUGAUGCGCCGCUACCAGGAUGCCAUCCGUGUCUUUGCCAACAUUCUGCUCUACAUCCAGAGGACCAGGAACAUGUUCCAGAGGUCCACCUACAAAUACGAGAUGAUUAACAAGCAGAAUGAACAGAUGCACGGUCUCCUGGCCAUUGCUCUGACCAUGUACCCAAUGCGUAUCGACGAGAGCAUCCACACCCAGCUACGCGAGAAGUAUGGGGACAAGAUGCUGCGCAUGCAGAAAGGAGACCUGCAGGUGUUUGAAGAGCUCUUCAGCUUUGCCUGUCCCAAAUUCCUGUCCCCCGUGGUGCCCAACUACGAAAACGUCCACCCAAACUACCACAAAGAACCCUUUCAGCAACAGCUCAAGGUGUUUGCAGAGGAGGUGCAACAGCAGGCCCAGCUGUCUACGAUCCGCAGUUUUCUCAAGUUGUACACCACUAUGCCAGUGGCCAAACUUGCCGGCUUCCUGGACAUGUCUGAGCAGGAGUUUCGCAUCCAGCUGCUGGUCUUCAAGCAUAAGAUGAAGAACCUGGUCUGGACCAGUGGCAUUUCGGCCCUGGAUGGGGAGUUCCAGUCUGCCUCCGAGGUUGACUUCUAUAUCGAUAAGGACAUGAUCCAUAUUGCGGACACCAAAGUUGCCCGUCGUUAUGGGGACUUUUUUAUUCGCCAGAUUCACAAGUUUGAGGAGCUGAACCGAACUCUAAAGAAGAUGUCCAUGACGGGAGUAUCAGGAAGCAUAGGCUCAGCUGGCGGAUCCAGCACCUCAAAUCGCGCCACGUAAUCCUGACAUGUGGCCCACGCUGAACCGAACCUGCUUCUGAAUAACAACCAAGUGUGGGUUCAACCUCGAUUUAUUGCUAAUAGCUAGACCCCCUAAGCACAUCCUUCUAAUCCAGUUGGACGGCUAUAUAACCACACUGGGGAAAUGAUGACCUUUUUAUGCAGCUGUGUGAAAACUAAAUAUUAAUAAUAAAAAACAAUAUGCUGAA